GCUGUUAGAUGGCUUUGAUCUAGCAUUUCUCUUAUUUUUGAACGGAGACUCGAGUGUAAAUUCAAAGAGGUUGAACAACGGACAGUUUAGUAAUUCCGGCGGUGAAGUUCCCUGUUGGAACUGAUGGUACUCAUGGUAGAAACAAACUGAUACUAUUUCCAACAAUCUCAUUCUUCUUCUCUAAACUUAACCUUUUUAUUUUUUUUAAACCUCUUUCAGUACAACCCAACAAUGUCACGCCAUUUAUUUCUUUGUUAUAAUCUCCCAACACAACACAACUCUUUUGUCCUUUUUCUCUUUCAAACCUUGCUCGCUUAGAUCCCUAACUCUUCAUAUUUCAGCUCUCUAUUUUUCUACUGGAAGGGUAUGCAUGCAUUGAUUCGUAGGCAAUGGAUUUGAAGAAACUUUCCUUUUCUGAACAGCUUCGACUAUCUCCAAGAAGAAAGGUAGUUUCUGGCUUUGGUUUGGGUGUUUGCGCUUCUGUCAUUGUACUUACUAUUCUUUUACUUAGUAACUCUGUGAAGACUCCUAUUGUUGCUCCGUUGUUUCAAGGAUUCAAUGGCAUUAGUAGCAAAAAUGCUUCUCAUAUUACUAGAUCCUGGCCUUUUUCAUUUUCAACUUCUUCGUUUAAUGGUAGUGCUAUUAGUAUGGGUGGUAAUAAACAAGUGAAUAACUCUGUGGAUGUGGUGGGCAAGUCCCAAGACGCAAAUGUGUCAAGAAUCGGUGAGGGGCAAGGGAUUACUGAUCUGGGGAAUUUGACUACCAAGGUCGAAGAUGGAACAGGAAGGAUUCAAAAUGGAUCACUUGUUGCUGAGAACAGAAAUAAUUUGGCUUCAAUUGUGGAAGAAGUGAUUUUAGAGAAGAAUUUGGGGAAUUUCUCAGAGAGGGUAAAUAAUAAUGGAAGCUUCAUUGGUGAAAAAGAACAUUUAUGUGGGAAUUGCAGUCUUAAUGCCAAAGAAGAUGUGUAUUCGAAGAGAAUUAUUGAAAGGAAUUAUUCUGUGAAUAAUACUACCGAUAUGAAUGGCAAGGUCACUAAUAAUAAUAACAAUUUUAGUAAUUUGUCACAAGAUGGUGGGAAUGCUUCUCAGCCAAAUAAUAUUUCAAUCUCUUAUGAUUCUCGACUUAUGAAGAAGCAUGCAAAUUCUUUUGGAAAUUGUGAUAUAUUUGAUGGUAGAUGGUUGAGAGAUGAUUCAAAGCCAUAUUAUCCUGCGGGUUCAUGUCCUUACAUUGAUAAGGAUUUUGAUUGUCACAUUAAUGGAAGACCAGAUGAUGGAUAUGUUAAAUGGAAAUGGCAGCCAUACGGGUGUGACAUCCCCAGUUUGAAUGCAACUGAUUUUCUUGAGAGAUUAAGAGACAAGAAGCUGGUUUUUGUGGGAGAUUCACUGAAUCGGAACAUGUGGGAAUCUCUAGUGUGUAUACUCCGCCAUAGUGUCCGAAACAAGAAAAGAGUUUAUGAGAUUUCUGGAAAGACAGAGUUUAAAAAGAACGGUUUUUAUGCUUUCCUAUUUGAGGACUAUAAUUGUACUGUGGAUUUUGUUGGCUCGCCAUUUCUUGUUAGAGAAUCAUCAUUUAGGGGUAGAAAUGGAUCCAUGGAAACACUAAGAUUGGAUUUGAUGGACCGGACAACUUCAAUGUACCACGAUGCUGACAUCAUUAUCUUCAAUACAGGUCAUUGGUGGACCCACGAGAAAACUUCUAAAGGAGAAGACUAUUACCAAGAAGGUAACUAUGUGCACCCAAGACUUAAGGUGCUAGAAGCUUAUAAGAGAGCACUCACCACUUGGGCCAGAUGGAUUGACAAUAACAUUGAUAGCCAUCGAACUCAGGUUUUCUUCAGGGGAUAUUCUGUCUCCCAUUUUAGAGGAGGCCCAUGGAACUCAGGAGGACAGUGCCACAAAGAAACUGAGCCAUUCUUCAAUGGAACUUACUUAACUAAGUAUCCUUCAAAAAUGAGAGCUCUGGAGCAUGUGCUUCCGGAAAUGAAAACUCCAGUAGUAUAUUUGAACAUAAGUAGACUUACUGCUUUCAGAAAAGAUGGGCACCCGGCAAUAUAUAGAAUGGAAUACAAGACUGCCGAAGAACGAAUUGCUGCUGAGCGAGUUCAAGAUUGCAGUCAUUGGUGCUUGCCUGGAGUACCAGACUCUUGGAAUGAAUUGUUAUACGCCUCCCUCUUGAAAGCUGGAAUCGGAUCCUGGAGAAACUGAACAGAGUUGUAUACAAACUGGCAUUAAAUAAUAAUUAAUUGCUUGUACUCUUUUAGAUUUUUCCUGCCAAUUUCACAUGACUUAUGAGUUUUAAUUCGGCUUAGAAUAGUAUACAUCAAGUUUGUGCAAAACAGGCAGAUGUACAAAUGGAUUUUGCAUAUUAACGUUUCAAAUUACAAACAAUAUAAUUAGGUUUUCCAAAUUGGGAGGAUAUUGGUAAGAAUUU